GUAGAAAAAUGUGCGGUGGUUUGGAGUAUCGAAGAGUUGACGGGUUUUGCCAGCUGACAACAUGUUCACAGUGGAGCUAGCUAGCAAUGUAAACAAUCAUUCUGCAACUCACAGGCACCGGAGUCUGUGUAUUGAUGUGAUUUGAAUGUAACUGAAGGAGUGGGACGGUUGUUUGAUUUUAGUUGUUUUAUGUCGCCCCCCUUCCCGAAAUUGAAAUAUUUUUGGUGUCAAUACCCUGUACAAUAGGUGGCGGCAAUACACCAAUAGGUGUAGUCUGUCAAUACAACUUUGAAGAAGAAGAAGAAUCAUUCUGCCAAUUUGGCAGUAUUUAUCCUUGGAUGACGUGCAUUUUGCAGCAGUGAAGGGGUCCACAGCAACUUUGAUGCAACUGUGAACAUCAUCAUCAUCAUGGCUUCGAGCUUCGCCCCACCGAAACUGGCUGAUUUCAUUCUCACAGAGAGGCUGGGCAGUGGCACCUAUGCGACAGUUUACAAAGCCUACAGAAAGGGGGACAACCGGGAGGUGGUGGCAGUGAAGGUGGUUGGGAAGAAGAGUCUGAACAAGGUGUCAAUGGAGAACCUGCUGACUGAGAUAGAGAUCCUGAAAACUGUUCGCCACCCUCACAUUGUUCAGCUGAAGGACUUCCAGUGGGACAGUGAGAACAUCUAUCUGAUCCUGGAGUGGUGUUCUGGUGGGGACCUGUCCCGUUUCAUCCACAGUAGGCGCUUGCUACCUGAGAGGGUGGCUCGGCUCUUCCUGCAGCAGAUAGAUUUUGGCUUUGCGAGUUACAUGUCUCCGUGGGAUGAGCAGAGUGCUCUGAGGGGCUCUCCUCUCUACAUGGCCCCUGAGAUGGUGUGUCGACGGCAGUAUGACUCCAGGGUCGACCUCUGGUCUGUGGGAGUCAUCCUGUAUGAGACACUAUUUGGCCGGGCACCAUUUGCCUCCAGAUCCUAUGCUGAACUGGAGGAGAAGAUCCGCAGUGACAAGCCCAUCGAGCUGCCUGCAGGGGCCAGAGUGUCCAGGAACUGCAGGGACUUACUGCUGCGGCUGCUGGACAGGGACCCUGACACCCGCCUCACCUUCACUCAGUUCUUCUCCCACCCUUGGGUGGACCUCGAGCACAUGCCCAACGAAGAGAGCCUGGGGAAAGCGAAGGAUCUGGUCCUGAAAGCUGUUCAGAAGGACCAGGAGGGUGAUAGAUCAGCUGCCCUGUCUCUGUACUGCAGCGCACUGGAACACUUUGUCCCCGCCAUUCACUAUGAAACAGACAGACUGCGUAAAGAUGCCCUCAGGAAAAAGGUUAGUCAGUACGUGUCCAGGGCAGAGGGGCUGAAAGCUCUGGUGUCUGCAGACAACAGCCUCUGCUUUGAGCAGUUCAAGUCCACCAGAGACAUCCUGAGAGAGAUGUCCUGUGACCAACCACGGGUGCUGGCUGCUCUGGAGCUGGCAUCUACAGCCAUCGCCAUGGAGGAGAAUGGGAUAGAGGACCAUGAUACACUGGCUCUGUACCAGCAGAGUCUGGGAGAACUACUGCUAGCCCUGGCAGCUGAAGGCCAGGGGCGCCGGAGAGAGUUGCUCCACUGUGAGAUCAAGAGCCUAAUGACCCGAGCUGAAUACCUCAAAGAACAGAUCAAGAUGCUAGAGACCCAAAAAGACGUGUCAAUGGAUAGAGAGCCUCUAUCAGAAUCUGUGAGAAGUUCAUGCUGUGUGCAGUGAGCCAGCCUGGCAGUAGGAACCAGAGAGAGGGUCCAUCGUGCCUGCGGAGCACCAGACCUCCUGCACCUCUACGGGUCAGGCUAAGGAAUCCCUCAGGCCUCUGAGACCAUGACCUCAUUAGUCUCGCAUCACCAUACUCGUAAGUCUCAAUCAUUGCACGGCUGUUGUUUCCCAACAAAAGUGAGAAAGCCUGGAAAUGGAGGCUAUGGCGUCAGAGACAAUCUACCCUGUAAUUACUCUGCCUGGACUUCAACUAGCAGCUUGUCAGCCUUGCAUCCCCCUCACCAACACAACACAGAAGACUGUCACAGUCUCCAGUCACUGCUCAGCCUCUAAGCCCUCCUGCCUAACCAUUCAUAUGGAAAGGCUGGACAGCUUGUAUGCUAAUACUGUACUGUCAUGAUAAACUAGUGCUGUAUCAUGUUGUUGUGUUAUGUUGCAGGAUGAAUAAGAGUAAUAAUGAGCCUCAAGUGCUUGUAGUUGCACAAUAGAUGGCGACUUGAACUCAGAAUGGCUACCCAGCAUAGCAAGUUUGUCGUCUGUAACUGAAGGGAGUUAUCGAAAUGUAUCAUGAAUAUUUGGGAAAGCCCUUCUGUUGCCCCACACAUACACACACACAAAGUAAAUCCCUUUUCUGUGGCCUGACCACAGCCUCACCACGCUCCCUCUGCUGAUGGAGCAGCCUCUACCACUAUGAGAGGAAAACUGGAGAGGUGCGGCUGCUGCCUUAUUUACUCUGUAGACUUUCAUUUACUUUUGGGUUGGCACCGGUCAGGAUGAAGGCAUACAGUAGCAACUGUGAAGUCAAGGCGUGCGUCACAACUCAGCCUGCUUUAGUAGCCUGCCAAAAGAUUGGACAUUUGGUGACAGGUUAACCGUUAUUGCUGUUGUGGGUAUUUUUUUUCUGUUUGUUUUCAGUGAGCAAGGUUGUGUGCAUGAAUCUACUUUCAAGGGAACUUUUAGUAUUUGUGAAUAUGCUGUAUCAUAGGAGGCUAUUGCUGUUUAAUCAGGUAAUGGAAUGGUGUAACUGAAAAGGAAGAAAUGUGUCGAAUUGAAAACUCACAAUUGUGUAUUGUUUUGUAUGGAUAUGAUUUUAUAAAUUAUUUAUUACUGUAAAAGGCUGAUUCAAUUGAAUUAAAAUUGGCUAUGUAAUGUGUUGUAAUGGCCUGUAUUCAUUGUGUUUUGAGAUAAAGCCCAAGAUUGAGUAAAUUAAAGUAGAGUACCUUUGGAAAGUAUUCAGACACCUUGACUUUUUCCACAUUUUGUUACGUUACAGCCUUAUUCUAAAAUGGAUUAAAUAAAUAAAAAUCCUCAGCAAUCUACACACAAUACCUCAUAAUGAUAAAGUGAAAACAGGUUUUUAGAAAUGUUUGCACUCAUUAACAAAACAAACAGAUGCCUUAUUACAUAUGUAUUCAGACCCUUUGCGAUGAGACUCAAUUGAGCUCAGGUGCAUCCUGUUUCCAUUGAUCAUUCUAGAGAUGUUUCUACAACUUGAUUGGAGCCCACCUGUGGUAAAUUCAAUUGAUUGGACAUUAUUUGGAAAGGCACACGCCUGUUUAUGUAAGGUCCCACAGUUGACAGUGCAUGUCAGAGCAAAAACCAAGGCAUGAGGUCGAAGGAAUUCAUAGAGCUCCGAGACAAGAUUGUGUCGAGGCACAGAUCUGGAGAAUGGUACCAAAACAAAUCUGCAGCAUUGAAGGUCCCCAAGAACACAGUGGCCUCCAUCAUUCUUAAAUGGAAGAAGUUUGGAACCACCGAGACUCUUCUUAGAGCUGGCCGCCCGGACAAACUGAGGAAUCGGGGGAGAAGGGCCUUGGUCAGGCAGGUGACUAAGAACCCGAUGGUCACUCUGACAGAGCACUAGAGUUCCUCUGUGGAGAUGAGAGAACCUUCCAGAAGGACAACCAUCUCUGCAGCACUCCACCAAUCAGGCAUUUAUGGUAGAGUGGCCAGACGGAAGCCACUCUUCAGUAACUGGCACAUGACAGCCCGCUUGGAGUUUGCCAAAGGGCACCUAAAGACUCUCAGACCAUGAGAAUCAAGAUUCUCUGAUCUGAUUAAGCCUAGAUUGAACUAUUUGGCCUGAAUGCCAAGUGUCACGUCUGGAGGUAACCUGGCACCAUUCCUACAUUGAAGCAUGGUGGUGGCAGCAUCAUGCUGUGGGGAUGUUUUUCAGCGGCAGGGACUGGGAUUCUAGUCAGGAUCGAGACAAAGAUGAACAGAGCAAACUACAGAGAGAUCCUUGAUGAAAACCUGCUCCAGAGUGCUCAGCACCUCAGACUGGGGCGAUGGUUCACCUUCCAACAGGACAACGUCCCUAAGCACACAGCCAAAACAACGCAGGAGUGGCUUCGGGACAAGUCUCUGAAUGUCCUUGAGUGGUCCAGCCAGAGCCCGGACUUGAACCUGAUCGAACAUCUCUGGAGAGACCUGAAAAUAGCUGUGCAGCAACGCUCCCCAUCCAACCUGACAGAGCUUGGGAGGAUCUGCAGCGAAGAAUGGGAGAAAAACCACAAACACAGAUAUGCCAAGCUUGUAGUGUCCCACCCAAGAAGACUCAAGGCUGUAAUCACUGCCAAAGGUGCUUCAACAAAGUACUGAGUAAAUGAUCUGAAUACUUAUGUAAAUGUGAUAUUUCAGUUUUUAAUUUUUAAUAAAUUAGCAACAAUUCCAAAAAACAGUUUUUGCUUUGUCAUUAUGGGGUAUUGCGUGUAGAUUGAUGAGGGGGAAAAAAACGAUUAAUCAAUUUUAGAAUAAGGCUGUAAAAAAUGUGGGAAAAGUAAUGUGGUCUGAAUACUUUUUUCCGAAGGCACUGUACUUGUAAUUCGGGUUGAAAUGUAAAGCUUGGUAAAAUAAUAUUGUGGUCUGAGUGUAAGGUUUCAUGGAUGUCUUGGUGAGUCUGUCACUGCCUGUUGGAGGCCUACUGCUGUCUCGUGGCCAUGUAGUCACCAUUUGGUUCCCUCUCCUGAGGACACAACUGGCCUGUUUCCAUAACGUAAGGCGAGGAAGCCCUAAUGUAGUCCAGGGUAGCAGGGCGUGUAGAGGACUGGCAUGAGCACCAGUAGAGAUGGCGGUAUACGCUAUAAGGGAAUGCCAAAAAGUUGAAUAGUCAACCACUAUGCCUUUUACCCCUUUGACCCCCUUGCCAACCAACCACAGCCCUGUGGCAUUGUGAGUUUAAUUGGCCUCCAUUUCAGUUCAGCUCCAUCAUGAGCACUUGUACCCUUUCCCCCUCUCCUGGCACUCUAUCAGUCUCUGUUGGUACUCCUAAUGGGACGACGGUGGAGCUGUAUUGACAUCAGCUAAAGUUAUAAGGGGGGAGGUUAAUCCGUAAGGAACUAAGGACCCCUCAACUUCCCUACCCCCAAACACACACACAUCAACCAUUCACAGUGGGUAGACUGCUAUCAUGAAUAGAACAUUGUACAGAUGAGAAACAAAACUCUCCCCUAAAUCCCUGUGUCACCCCCUCUCGUAGGCCUGGGGGCAGGCAGGGGUUUGUUUCAGAGAAACGUUGAAUAAAGAUAAUUUAGAAAAUGGGCCCCAGCACACUGCAGCCUCUGUAAAUCCUCCCUCUGCCGUCCCCCACUCACCCCAAGGCUCCCCUGCUUCUGUUUGUUUUGAUUUUGUUCCCAGAAGCUGAGUGGGGGAUUUGAAGGAGGGGUGUGGGUGAGUUAGAGUUGGACAACUUUGAGAUGCAUGGCGAUGGUUAGACAGAUUGGCUGAGUUAGGAGGGUCUUACCACAACUAUACAGAAUCCCUUUCCCUCCCUUCCGCUUUUAAAUGCACCAGUGAAACGCACUUUUGAACAAUCUAAGGACUGUCUGUUGAGCGUUACGAGCAAGUAUUUUGUUUAGAAAAUAAUGUAAGUAAGCAUUUCGCUGUAAAGUCUACACCUGUUGUAUUCGGCGCAUGUGACCAAUCAAAUUUGAUUUAGAUGAAGAUGGGAAGGGGACAACUUGGUCAGUCUAUUGUCAAAGGAACUAUGAAUGGAACACAGAUUUCCUGUCAUGACUUCAAAUUCCACUUAUCUUGACUCGAUCAAACUUAGAUUACAUAACACUUCCAUACAGUUUGUUAAGGACCUGUAAAUAAAGAAUUAUUACUAUGA